AUGCAGACGGCUCUUGGUAUGCCAUGCCCUUUUGAGAUUUAUCAAGCACUCAUGAACAAUAUAUUCUUUGAACCGCAUCACCUACAUAGAUUUUGGACAACUCUUCGAAUCAAUUCAGAAGUCAAUGUUCGUCAAGAAGAAAGGUCGAUGGAUUUGCAACAUUUCGAUAGUCUUGUUGUUGUUGUCAGGUCCAAAGAUGAUGAAUAUAUUCGAAGGGUAAAUGCUUUGCUUUAUCCUCAUGUCUACCCUGAUCAGGGAGAAUAUGGAGAACCGAAUGUAAAUGAAUCACGUAGAGGUCGACAUGCGAGCAGAGCCUCUACGAGUCAUAACUUGUCUUCGUGGGAGAUCAGUUCUCUCAACAUCACUCAAGGGAAUCAGAGUUCAUCACGUAGUUUCUCUCGUGGUCGUGGUUCCUCACGUGGGCGUGGUUCUUCAUGUGGGUGUGGUCGCGAGACAUCGAAUUCCCUAAACACUCAAGGUAGUUGUCCAGAUGCAGUUCUUUAUUGGGAGAAUUGUCAUAAGAUUCCUCCAUUCCUUUUGCCAUAUGUCGAAGGUUAUGAAAAAGUGGGGUUUAAGGACGUGAGCAAAGAAAUUACCCGCAUAAGGCAUGAAAGGAAUAGAGGUUGUGGCAUCAAUCAUUACAUGGUUGUGCUUGAUAACUUGUUUCCCAUUGCCACCAUAUUUAAUGCGGCUAUAAUUUGUCUAACGUACAAUGAUUGGGACUCGACGUGGGAAAACUCUACUUGUACUGUGUUGCCGAUGCGAAAUACAAAAGGAAAACCAGGUCUGGAGAGAGAUAUCACCAUCCUUCGCACCGGGAAUCACUUUGUUAGGUUACAUCUAAGUUCAUAUUCUCCUGUACCACCACCAACUUUUCUUUGGAUAAAGAACAAGGAUCCUAGUGUAGAAGGUUUUGCUCUACCAUAUCACGCUAGAAUCUAUGAGUGGAGGCAACUUUCCGGCAACUUUGGGGGUAGGCAGUCUCAUGUGGACUUGACAAACCAGUAUUAG